CCAUCUCACUCCCCCGUUACAUCUUUAACCCUAAGGGUCUACUUUCUAGUCUUAGCUCCCGUUCUCAUCCCGAGGAUUCCCAUCUUCAGCCUCGAAGCCUUAUUCUCAGAUCCUAACACUCACCUAGAGAUCUCACCCUACCUGACCCUUACAACACACCCUCCCAUUGUGUGACCCAGCACCGUCCUCUCCCCUCACCGUAUAACCAACCCCUUCUCCGGCUCAGUCUGAGCCCAGGCCCUGGGCCCCCGACUGAAGACAUGGAGUUUGUGUCUGGAUAUCGAGAUGAGUUCCUUGACUUCACUGCCCUCCUCUUUGGCUGGUUCCGAAAGUUCGUGGCAGAGCGAGGGGCUGUGGAGACCAGCCUCGUGGGCCACUGGCGACAGUUGGAGGCGCAGAUCCGAAGGCUGCCCCAGGACCCUGCCCUUUGGGUGCUCCACGUCUUGCCCAACCGUAGUGUGGGCAUCAGCUUGGGGCAAGGGGCAGAGCCAGGCCCUGGACCAGGCCUGGGGGCGGGCUGGCUGCUGGGAGAUCAGCCCCCACUCCACCUCCGAGACCUGAGCCCCUAUGUCAGCUUUGUCAGUUUGGAGGAAGGCGAGGAAGGGGAGGAGGAAGAAGAGGAGGAGGAAGAGGAAGAAAAUGGAGAGGAAGAGGGUGCAGGCACCGAGAAGGUAGAGCCAGAGGAGGAUGGGGAGCCAGUCCAUACAAGCAGGGAGUCCCCCCAGGAAGCAAAUCUUCCAGGGCAGCCAGAGGAGGCUGAGCAGAAGGAAGGAGGUGGCGAGAAUGGCUAUCACGAGGAGCGGGCAGAAGACGAAGCUGGGUCCAAGAGGAGGAAGGGGCGAAGAAGUGAGGCUGCCCCCCUGCACCUUGCCUGCCUCUUACUGGUGACGGAUGAACAUGGCACCAUCUUGGGCAUUGACCUGCUAAUGGGUGGAGCCCAGAGGAGUGCGGGCAAGGGCUCCUGGACAGAGAACCUGGCUCCCCGGGCCUAUGCUCUCCUCUGCCACAGCAUGGCCUGCCCCAUGGGCUCCGGAGACCCCCGGAAGCCCCGGCAGCUUACCGUGGGAGACGCCCAGCUGCACCGGGACCUGGAGAUGCUGGUCCCCAGGCUGGGCGUGAAGUUAGCCAAGACCCCGAUGCGGACGUGGGGUCCCCAGCCAGGCUUCACCUUCGCUUCCCUGCGGGCUCGAACCUGCCAUGUCUGUCACAAGCACAGCUUUGAAGUGAAGCUGACGCCCUGCCCCCAGUGCAGUGCUGUCUUGUACUGUGGCGAGGCCUGCCUCCGGGCCGACUGGCGGCGAUGCCCAGAUGAUGUGAGCCACAGGUUUUGGUGCCCAAGGCUUGCAGCCUUCAUGGAGCGCACAGGGGAACUGGCGACUCUGCCGUUCACUUACACUGCAGAGGUGACCAGCGAAACCUUCAACAAGGAGGCCUUCCUGGCCUCGCGAGGCCUCACUCGUGGCUACUGGACCCAGAUCAGCAUGCUGAUCCCAGGCCGAGGCACCCCCAGGCACCCCCGGGGCAGCACACCGUCCCCCAGUCUUCUUCUCCAUGGAGACCCCUACCAGCUUCUUCAGGGGGACGGGCCUGUCCUGAUGCCUCCUGUGCCCGCAGAUCCGCCCAGGGGCCUCUUUGGCUCGUGGCGGGAUUACUACACAUGGCGGGGCCUCAGCUUGGACUCCCCCAUGGCGGUGCUCCUCACCUACCCGCUGACUGUGUACUACGUCAUCACCCACCUGGUGCCCCAGUCCUCUUCUCACACAGUCCCCGAGCUCAACAUCCAGAACAAACAGUCCCUGAAGAUCCACGUGGUGGAGGCCGGGAAGGAGUUUGACCUUGUCAUGGUGUUCUGGGAGCUCUUGGUCUUGCUCCCCCACGUGGCCCUGGAACUACAGUUUGUGGGCGACGGCCUGCCCCCUGAGAGUGACCAGCAGCAUUUCACCCUGCAGAGGGAUGGCCCUGAAGUCUCUGUCCGUCCUGGUUCCGGGGUGUCAGCUCGGCUCAGCUCGGGGACUAAGGAGAAGGGGGGCCGGAGGGACCUGCAGAUCAAAGUGUCUGCUCGGCCCUACCACCUGCUCCAGGGGCCCAAGCCCGACCUGGUGAUCGGAUUUAACUCCGGCUUUGGCCUCAAAGACACUUGGCUGAGCUCGCUGCCCCGCUUACAGGUGGGCACAGGGGCAAACGGGGACUUCCCUCACCUCCUGCCCAGUCCCUGCUCCCUCCCCGACGACGACGUCUGCUUCUCCAGCAUCCGCUCCGCUGCCCUGGGGGCUGCCUCUGGCCCCUCCCUGUGUCCGCCCCGCACCGCUCCUCCAUCCCCGCCUUUCUGGGUCCUCAGGGUGCUACCCAGUGCGCUACCCUUGCUGCUGGGGAGGUCCUGGGGGCAGGAGCCUCCCUGCAAGUCUGAGGCCCGGCUCCCACCCACCCCAGUCCCUCCGAGUGCCCGCCUUCUUCACGGAGAGCAGCGAGUACGGCUGUGUGAUGGACGAGCAGACCAUGGCCGUGGCCGCCGGCGGGGGCACCAGCCCCCCGCAGCCCAACCCCUUCCGCUCCCCGUUUCGUCUCCGAGCGGCCGACAACUGCAUGCCCUGGUACUGCAACGCCUUCAUCUUCCACCUGAUCUACAAGCCCUCGCAGGGCAGCGGGGCCCGCGGGGCGCCGGGGCCCGGACCCCCAGCCCCGACCCCCGCCGCGCCCGCCGCCCCCGCCCGGAGGCGCCGCGGGGAGAAGAAGCCGGGGCGCGGGCCCCGCCGGCGGAGGUGAGGGCGGGAGGUAGCGGUCCGCGCCUCCCUCCCCCUCCACAGGCCUCCGAAAGGGACAUAAAACCCGUGAGGCCCAGGGGCAGGCCGCGUGGCCGGGCGCGGAAAAGGUAAAUAAAAUUGCUUGUU